AGGCUGUGGAGGGUUAGAUACUGUUAGAUACUGUAGUUUUUUGUAGUAAUUCGGUGUCAACGCUUGAGGUAAGGAGAGGAAAGGACUGUGGGGAAGGUGUUUGGCCCAGAUGAGCUGUUUGGUUUGAAUUGUUUCGCUGCUCCUUUAGUUUUCAUAGAGGUAAUAACCAAUCCUGGGUUUUGCAUUAGCGGCUAAUUGGAAAGCACCAACUCGUGAUACUGCGUCGGAGCAAGUUAACAUUAAUGAGUUUACACUUUCAGAAGAAAACGAGAAAUCAUGUCCUCUGUCUAUUUCAGUCCAGGAUCUGACUCAGGUGUAAAUGGAAAUAUAGCCAAGAUGGAGGAUGCUCAAGUGAAGAUAGAUGAUGGAAAGAGGGAGAGUGUGGAAGCAGACACAAUGCAUCACAAUAUUCGGAGGAAGAUUGCACCUUUUGUGAUGUCCUUUGGAUUUCGUGUAUUUGGAGUGAUACUGAUCCUAGUGGACAUUGUGCUGGUUAUUGUGGACCUGUCCCUAAAUACCAAGAGCAAGGGGGUCGGAGAUGCCAUAGAGGCCGUGUCCCUCGCCAUCUCCUUCUUCUUUCUAAUUGACGUUCUGCUGCGCGUCUAUGUGGAAGGAUUCAAAGUGUACUUCAGCUCCAAGCUGAACAUCGCAGACGCCUGUGUUGUAGUACUCACACUGGUGGUUACCAUAAUCUACACCGCCACUGACCUGUCAGGAGCCAGUCUCAUCCCCAGGGUGGUGACAUUUCUGCGUUUCCUGAGAAUAAUAAUCCUGGUGAGGGUUUUGAGACUGGCAACUCAAAAGAAAGAGCUGGAGAAGGUCACCAGGAGGAUGGUUUCAGAGAACAAGCGACGUUACCAGAAGGAUGGAUUUGACCUUGACCUUACUUAUGUCACAGAUCGUGUCAUCGCCAUGUCUUUCCCCUCCUCUGGAAAGCAGUCCUUCUACAGGAAUCCAAUUAGGGAGGUGGCAAGAUUCUUGGACACUAAACAUGAAGGCCACUAUAAAGUUUAUAAUCUGUGCAGUGAGAAAGGUUAUGACCCCCAGUUCUUCCACUACAGAGUUGAACGGGUGUUCAUUGAUGACCACAACGUCCCCUCUUUGGAGGACAUGCUGAAAUACACAGCAAGUGUGAGGGAUUGGAUGUCUGCUGAUCCCAGAAAUGUCAUUGCUAUUCACUGUAAAGGAGGGAAAGGACGCACAGGUACUAUGGUGUGUACCUGGCUUAUUGACAGUGACCAGUUUGAGAGUGCGCAGGACAGUCUGGAUUAUUUUGGUGAAAGGAGGACAGACAAGAGUCAGAGCUCCAAGUUUCAGGGAGUGGAGACUCCCUCUCAGAGCCGGUACGUGGGUUACUACGAGAUAAUGAAGACCACGUUCAACAGACAGCUGCCUCCACCUAAAGCCCUUAGGAUCAAGAGCAUCCACAUCCAUUCCAUAGCAGGUGUGGGUAAAGGUGAUGGCAGUGAUCUGAAGGUGAAGAUAAUUGUGAAGAAAGAGCUGGUAUUUCAGUGUGCAUGUGCUAAACAGGAGAACUGCACAGUAUUUUCUGAUAUGAGUGCUAAUACAGCAGUGAUCGGCCUCAAAAACGGGCCUGUGGUUGAAGGCGACGUGAAGGUCAUGUUUGAAUCGAGUGCUGGUCUUCCCAAGGGAUACGAAGAUGUUCCAUUCUACUUCUGGUUCAAUACCUCCUUCACAAUGGAUAACAAGCUCUUUCUACCCAGGGAGGAACUGGACAACCCACACAAACCUAAGACUUGGGACCUGUACAAGGAGGACUUUGGUGUCACAGUUUUCUUCUCUGAACCAUAAAACAAACCUGCAAACAAUGGCUAGUUACAGCUGUGCAUUUAAUGUUGGAUGCUGAGUAGAAAUUGGUAGAAUGAGAAAUUUAGAGCUCAGUAAUAAAAUUGAAAAGAAACAAUUACUUAUGAUUUAUGUUAUGAGCUAGAGAGCACUGGGUCUUCCGCUGAGACAAAUCAUGUCAGUAGUGAGUGGUUGAUCGGGGGAGUGAAUCACAGCAGUGUAUGCCGUGAUGCAUCAGUGGAAACCACAGAACAGUUUACCAGAACACAGGAUGACAGACUUGAUUUGAUUUGGAUUUGAUUUAU